CUGGUGAAUUGAAAGCUUGGCGGGUGUGUUGGAUCGUGUAAAUACAGAUCCUGCACAGCGUGUUUCAGGUGGGCCACCGCAGUGACCUGUCCCCGGUACAAGCGCAGUACACAUACAAUUAAGCCAGUGUUGGAAGUGUGUCAGAGGGAUAGCGUCGUGAAGGAUAUACUGUGGAGCGUAGCUGUUGGUGUCAUUGUUUCUGUGUGGACGUACACUCAAGUAAUCAUGUGUUCACUCAAGUGUUUGAUGAACGCGUUCAACGCGUUGUUCUUGCUGAUUGGCUUGGGAGUCACAGGUCUGGGCAUAUGGUUACGCGUUGAUGCGGAUGCAGGCAAAUACAUAGAUGACUCCGACAGCUUUAAUGCGUUGUAUGCAGGGUCUUACGUCUUCAUCGGUGUUGGAGCUGUCAUCAUCCUCUUAGCAAUUAUUGGAAUCUGUGGAACCGUCCGAAUGAGCCAGUGUCUACUAGUCGUGUUCUUCAUAGGUUUGUUCAUCAUCUCCACCAUUCUGCUUGCGAUUGGAGUGGUCGUUUUGACGCAAAUGGAUGUUGUGAAAGAGUCUUUUGGGGAUCACCUAAUGACCAAAGUGAAGGAUUAUAACAACGAAGAUUCGAAGACCUAUAUGAACAAUUUCCAGAAUACAUUUGACUGCUGUGGAGCAAAACAUGGUGCUACUGACUAUGGCAUCGCUAUCGUGACUCUAAACACUGGUUGCAAAGCAGAGAAUAUCAUGACGCCUUGUGCGGACGCGUUUUUUGAAACAUUGUCACCUAACCUCAUGGUAACGGCUGGAGUCGCCUUCGGUGCAGCUUUUAUUAUGAUCUUAGGAAUGGUUUUGUCAAUGUGUUUGUGCUGUGCCAUAAGGAAGGAAUGAUUUUGAAGAGGGACACAAAGCACGAGAGGGCAAAAGGCAGCAAAGUUGAGAAUCCAGGGAUCGAGAGUAGGAAUAGUUUCACCUUCUUUUGGAAGAAGAACAAGAAAUCAGGUUCUUGGCAGUAUUUGUCCCAGAGAUCGAGGAACUAUAUUUGUAUUUUGUCGAAACAUUAUGUCUGCAAUAGUUAUUAAGCCAUACAUAA